CGUGGGCAGUUGCAAAAGUUAGUAUAGAAACUGCACCCUACACCUGCAAUUCUCCGCCCAUGUAACAUUAACACCGCCUUGUUGGCAUAAUUAAACAAAUGCAGGACGUCAUGGCAGUGUCAGCCAAUCAUAGUAGAGGAGGGAAACUCCAGGGCAUCGGGUCCUCAUGAGUAAUUUUGUUACGCAAGUUCAACAAUGAAGGGUAAAACCCUUCCCUUUCCCGGGACUAGCAGGCUGUCACGGGUUCAACGUGCUUGGGCCUAAACCCUGCCGUAACUCACGGCCCUGCAGGGAUCUAUUGUCCUACCCGCUUGUAUAACGGCUCUUUGCGGAGGGUAGCUCCAUCCAAGGGACACCGUUACCGACCGUUCACGACCUGUUCUAUGCAAAUAUCGUUUUAAAAAAAUCAGAUUUAAAGUCCCAAGAACUUUGGGACAUCGAUUGGGGCUAACUCCAAGACUUUCACAAUGAAGUCUACUAAUAAGAUCAUCUCCGUCAUCUUCUGGCUCAUGGCAUCCUUACAUCAGUCAGGUGCCGAAGAUGCUCAAUCCUCCUCCCCACCCACCUCAUUACCAGGUCAUCUCAAGCCCUUGGCUUCCGAGGCUACCCGUCUCCCCGUCUCAGUCAUCCAGGACUUCCCUUCCCCUUACGAGUUCUUCCGCAGCUAUGUCUACCCUUCCGUCCCCGUCAUCAUCAAGCAAGGAGCUCGGCGUUCGCCAGCCUUCCAGAAGUGGACCGACGAGUACCUGAAGAACUUGCCCGAGUCCCAGCAGCUGAUCAGAGUGGAGAUGCGGAAGGUCGAGGAAAGACAGUUACCGAGGAUGAACAUGCCCUUCGCUGAAUUCCUGGACAGAUAUCAAACCACCGAUGAGUACCUUGUUGCAAGAGUCCCAGAUUUCUUAAAGAAAGAUGUGCUGAUCCCGCCAUCUUUGCAUUGUACUAACGUCACUGCUAAUUUGCUGGAAACAAUGCUGUGGGUUAGUAGCGGAGGUACCAAGUCCCACGUACACAUCGACUACGUUGACAUUAUCAACUGUCUGUUCAGGGGCCAGAAAGAUUUCCUCCUCGUCAACUACACGCGCUACAGAGAACAGAUUGUGUUCGACCAUCCAGAAGGCUUCUACUCGAGUGUAGACGUGGAACGAGUCGACUUGAACAAGUUCCCUGGAAUGAGAAACCUGGAGUUCCAUGAAGCGAAAAUGCAAGCUGGCGAUUGCAUCUACCUACCGUUCAAAUGGAUUCAUCAGGUGAAUUCCUUCGGCAGUAACGUUGCAGUCAACAUUUGGUGGAAUCACCAGGCAUACGUCGUGCCCUCCCCGGAGUCCUGCGGCAAGCCGGACCCGGGGCUCUCACUGGCGGAUGUCAGCUUCCCGUACCACGACCAGACGAACGGUGACAUACAAAUGGAUAUCCAUCCAGAACUAGAUUUCGUCAGAGACCCGUCGGCAACUUUGACGAUAUUCAUGGAUGAAAAGGAGACAGAUUCUUUGACAGAGGGGCAGUUUCUCGAAUAUAUGGACACGAUACUUCCAAGACUGGAACUAGACGACAUCUGGACCGAGGAAGCUUUAGAUGCCGCUCAACAGAUAUUUCUGAUACUUGAUGGUGAUGGUGAUGGCAAGAUAACGUCACGUGACACCGACAAGUUUCCUGUAGAAAUCAACAAGUUCGACUCCUUUUCCAUUAAACUUGGGCAGAAGAUGAUGAUCUUAGGCGACAUCUUUGACGGCCAGAUUUCAAAACAAAAACAGGAGAUUUUGAGAAAGCUUGAGAGAGACAUCCCAGAAGAUGCUAACACACCGCCACGUGACCACAGCAGCAAGUUCAGAGGAACCCGUGAUCAGACUUCAAUGUCUAAACAGGAAUUGUAAUAUAUUACAGACACGUUCCCCAAAUGAUUUGUUUUAUAAUUGCUAUGUUCUUAGUUAAACAAUUAUUCACUUUUAAUAAUUCAGAUUAUUAGCUGCCAGAUAAUAGUUCCACUCUGCUGGGCAGGUUCAUUUGUGUGCAAAAAAGCCAUUAUUAGAGGGUUGCAAACGCCCAACAAGUCUCACGAUAAAGUAAAGUUAGUAUAGCUUUAGUAUAGAAAAUUUGUUCCGAGAAAAAAACUUCAACCAACGGGAUAUGCAAAUUAAUGAAUUUUGAAUUUCUCUUGAAAACCUUAUUAAUUGUUACUUGCUAUAUACUCCUGCUACUCUUUCAAUCUUUGUAUGAGAAAGCAUUUCAGAUGACCCCAAAAAGGUAAGAUUUUUCUCAGAAUCGUCACUCACUCGUUCACUAUUUUAUGCUUCAUUCAUUUCGUAUUCCCGAGGCUUUUUGUCAGAUGUUUCUUUUGAUCACUGGACUGCUUUUCAGAAUUGGUCAUGGGAAGUCCCAAGCACUCCCCAAAAUUACGAAAAUUACCUCUGAGAGUGCUUGGUGUGUGGGUGGGACAUAAUGCAAUUUCUAAACCUUAAUAUGAGUAUACAAAGCAUUACCUGAAGCAUGGGUAACAUUUUGUUUUCUCUAUUUAUUCGAUCUGGAGCCACACAAUACUGUAGAAUCCGGAGUUAGAUGGGGAAGUCCGCGAUCCGGUACAUAAUAUUCCCCGAUGGGAUUACAUCACAAACCCAGACAGCACAAUGCACUCGUGCAUUCUAUGAGCCAAAAUCGAAAUUACCAUAAAAAGUUGCUAAUUAUGUAUGUGGAACUCAGUUAGCCUUGGUCAAGGCGUUCGGCGGUGGUGUCCGAUGAUCAAUGGUCAGCCGCUAUAUUAAGUUAGUGUGAGUCCAACGUUCGCGGCCAACCAUUGAUCAUCGGACUCUAUCGUCGAACGCCUUGACCAAGGCUAGAACUCAUUGUGCGGGUCUGUCAAAUCCAUAUGCAAUGUUACCAUUGUUACAACAAAUAAAACAGUCUAACCUUUCACGAUCUCAGCACGGGGUCUAGUCUGUGAAAGAUGUAUGUUGUGAAUUUUAAGAAUUAAUCCAGUUAAAAGAUAACCUCUGAUAAGUUGUGUAUGUAAAUCACGUAGCGUCUGAAAAUAUUAUCAGAAGUUUUACAUUGGCUCAAAUAAUCAUGCUUUUAAUUUUGUUUCAUCUUGAAACUCCGAAUAAAAAAUUGCAGAAACUUUA